AUGGCUGGCCUAGAGAUGAACGACUGGAAAAAAAUUGGACUGGGAUUAACUGGAUUUGGUGUUUUCUUCUCAUUUCUGGGGAUCAUUUUCUUCUUCGACAAGGGACUACUUGCCAUUGGAAAUAUCCUAUUCAUCUCAGGGGUGAUCAUUACCAUUGGAAUCAAGUCCUCCUUGCAGUUCUUCAUGAAGAGAAGCAACCUAAAGGGCACAAUCUCUUUUGGUGUGGGCUUCUUGUUUGUUAUCAUUGGGUGGCCUGUAAUAGGAAUGGCUUUAGAAACUUAUGGCUUCAUCAUACUCUUCAGUGGCUUCUGGCCCACACUAGCAGUUUUUGUGCAGAAAAUACCGGUUAUUGGUUGGGUGUUUCAGUAUCCGUCCAUUAGAUCGUUCUUGGACCGCUACCGUGGCAAAAGGGUGCCCGUAUAAACGAAGAAGGAUGACACUUGUAAGCCUUGUUCAUAAAUUGAAGAGGGGUUUCUUUCUAGGCUCUAGGCUCACGUUACGUUUACUUCUUGUUAACUUCCUCAUGCAAAUAGAAACUUAAUAUCUCGUUUCAUCUCAAUAUUUGGCUGUGUAUAACAUCUCACCAUCUUCAGCUCAUUGUUAGAUUAGAUAUGUGUCCUUUCUAUACUGUGUAAGUGUGUGUGUGUAAUCUAGGGGUGAAUUCCGUUUUUGCUUUUCUGAAUUUUUUAGUAAUAAAAAU